AUGAAUGUUAUGGAAGACCCAAAGGUGAAGUCUGAGAUGGAAACUUCAAACCUAUCUGCUUCUGACAGUAAUUCCAUGAUAAAAUCGGCCAAUGACAACACAGAAACCUUGCGGAACCUGCGAAACAUGUGCAAGAGGCACUCCAAGGCUAUCUUCAAGCGCUAUGAUAAAGAGAUAAACUCGACCAGCAUUUUUAAGGCGAAGAAGGUCUUAAUUAAAAAUUCAUACAAAAAGAAAAAGGAUAACAAUAAAGACCAGAAGAAGCACUACCUUCACAUCCUUUACCUACUUAAAGAGUUGAAGAACAGUAUCGACAAGGAAGCCAAGAAAGCUUCUAAAGGAACUAUGAAGAAGAGAGAUCUUAAGGAGGUCUCUAAAAAGGAGCCCAAAGAAGAAAGCAAGUCUGAUAUGCUCAUUGAGGGCAUGUCUGAAGAGUUCUCAGGCAAUAGUAGGCACUCAUCUAGACCAGUAGUUGCUAAGAAGGAGCUCAAAGCCUCUCCCAAGAAUGUUAGGUUUGAACAACCGGAGGUAAGUUACUCCGAUGAACCAUCAUAUCCUGAAAAAGCUUCUAAUCAAGAAGAAAAUUCGAUGAAAAAUUGAAAUGUUAACACGAAGGAUUCUUUUAAGAGAGUGAAAAUCUCUGAAGGCAAAAUAGAACCCAAUCCUAACGAACCAGUAGAGGAAAGGAAAUGGAAUGAUGGAAAGGACAGGAAAAUCAAGAAUGGGGCAUUCUCAGAGGCAGAAGUUAUCGCUCUUCGUAAAGCUGUUUGCGAAUAUGGAGUCGAAAAUUCUUUAUCCCCAGCAGAAAUCCAAAAUUUAGUUAAUGAAAGCUCACGAGACAAGGGAUAUUCCAGAGCUUGGGUUGAGAUCUCCAAGUGUUUACCUAACAGAACAGUCUAUGCUUGCCAAAAAGCUGCUAAAAGAAAAUUUAGUUCAAAUAAUUAUAAAGGGAAAUGGAGUAACGACGAAGAAAUACAUUUGGUGGAACUUGUCAAGACUCUUGGCAAUUCUUGGACUAAAAUCUCUGAGGAACUCAACAGAACACCUGAAAACUGUCGUGACAAGUACAGAGAGCUUGGAGGAGUCCCUUCCAAUAUGAGGAAGAAAGGGAAAUGGAGCCUUGAAGAAAAAUUAGAAUUGAUAAAGAUCGUUGAUUCUAUUUCAGACCACAGUUUUCUUAAGAGAAUAGGCUCUUGAAAAUUCAAGCAAGCAAAGGAGAUGAAGAAGGGGAAGCUUACUGAUAGAGAGAAGAGACUCUUGGAGAAAGGAUACAAGAAAAAGAAAGACGGUAUCCUAUUCUUUAAAGAAUUUGAACUUAGAGAGAUAGCAGACUUGUUGGUCACCGACCCUGAAGAUGUCCCACUAAACUACCUUCCAUGGACUGAUAUUAGUAAGGAAAUGAAAGAGUCCAAGACUGUUGGGGAAUCUACAGGAUCAAUUAGAUCCUAUGAUGAUUGCAAGAAUGAAUGGAAGAAUAUCAUAUAUCCUAUUCUGUCGCAGACUUCCAGUAGGGACAAGAGGGAUGAUAUCAAGCUCCUUAAGAUGAUCAUUGAGUGUGAGUACGACUCAGAUACUGAGAUAGACUUCUCUGUAGUUGAGAAUGAUAGAGAUGAGGCCCAGAAUAAAACCAGAUGGUCUUUUCUUCUUAGGAAGUUUGGUAUUUCAAAAAAUUUAAAGAAAACAUAUAAGAGAGCAGAGAAACUUCUUGAAUUGAUCAAGACAAAGAGAAAGACAAAUCCUAAACAGAAAGAGAAGAAGAAGCCUCCUCAUUUACAAAUCGGGAUUGGAAAGUUCUAUAAAAAUGUAUUAAUUCAAUAA